CCCUACCUUCACGACCUUCACCUCUAAAAUGAUUCCCCAAUGAAGUAUCGACACAGCCGUAACACACAUAAGGAUUUAUAACCAUGCAGGAUUUAAUAACGAAUCAUAAUUAUUGGGAGAAUGGCUAAAAAUGGCCAAUUGCGAGCUGCCCACAACAACGUCCCUUAAACAGAAACUGGAGGACGAAUUCCUCUCAUGUAAAAUUUGUUUGGAGCCGUUUAAACGACCAAAAGCUCUGCCAUGUCUACACACUUUCUGUGAAAAUUGUUUGAAAGACUAUGUGCGCCGUAAUCCUGGCAACAAGCCUGGUUAUUUCCCUUGUCCCAUGUGUCGGAAGGAUACAUAUGUUCCAUUACAAGGAGUUGAGGAAUUCCCCGAUAAUUUCUUUGUGUUGAGUCUAUCGGACACAUUACAAGAAAAUACAGUCUUUUCACCUCACAGUAUACCAGUCUCACCGCCAAAACAUAUUUGUCCACCUUCUCCUAAAGAGAAAAAACUACGAACACACGACUGGUAUUUCGGCAAAGUGACAAGAAAUGCAUCCGAAGAAUGGUUGUUAUUACCAGAUUAUCCCAAGGGGACUUUUUUGAUACGACAGGGUGAACAAUCUCCAGAUACAUACACAUUGAGUGUAAGAGAUUGUGAUGAAAUACGUGGUUACCUUGUUAAACACUAUAAAAUUAUUGCACGCAAGGCUGAAGGGAACUCGCAUUUAUUUUUUAUUACACAGAAACGGGUUUUCUCUUCCUUAUUAGAAUUAGUGGAUCAUUAUAUGGAAAUCCCAGAUGGGUUAUGUUGUAGAUUAACCCAGGUAUGUAAUAAACCCAGAUCAUUACUAUGGGCGAUGGAACGCGGUAAGGAAGAUGAGUUUGCCACAGAAAGAAGCCAAGUUUCUUUUAUUAAAAAGGUUGGCAGUGGACAGUUUGCAGAUGUCUAUUUGGGUAAAAUAGGUCAGUCUGUAGAUGUAGCUGUCAAAGUUCAAAAUCGUGAUUGUGUAUCCACGGCAGCAUUUUUAGAUGAAGCUCAGAUUCUAAAGACAUUACAACAUCCUAAUAUUAUUCGUUUAAAGGGAAUUUGUAGUGGCCUUGAACCUGUAUUUAUAUUAACAGAGUAUAUGUGUAAUGGCCGUCUGUCAUUGUAUCUACGAGAGGGUUCUGGGAAGGAUUUAACCCAACAUCAGUUAAUACGAAUUGGAGCACAGAUUGCAGAUGCAAUGGCAUAUAUGGAGAAGGAGAGGUUCGUCCAUAGAAAUCUUGGAGCGAGAAAUAUCUUGGUAGGAGAACAGAAUCGCGUAAAGAUUGCUGGUUUCGGUAUGACUAAAGCUACAAACAAUCCAGACUUUAACUUCAGAAGAGGAUUAAAGAUGGCAAUAAAAUGGAUGGCACCAGAAGUUUUACUAUAUAAUAAAUAUAGUUCACGUGCAGAUGUUUGGUCAUUUGGUGUUGUAUUGACAGAAAUAUUUACAUAUGGAAAGGAACCAUAUGAGGGAAUGGCCAGUAAGGAGUCUUUUGAAAACGUUCAGCGUGGUUAUCGAAUCCCACGACCAGAGAACUGUCCUCCUGAGGUUUAUGACGUCAUCUGUACGUGUUGGCAGACGAAUGCCCACUCCCGCCCAAGCUUUGACUUUUUAAAUACUUUUUUACACGACUAUAAUGACAGCUGAUUGAUCUGUUCUGACUAAGAUUUCUGAUGAAGUUUGUGGAAAGUAAUAAUAGAUGAAAAUUGAAUCCUGGAGGUGUGUGACUGAUUGAAUUAAUGUACUGGUUGUCAUGGAUACCACAUUGUCUGCUCAUUAUGCUCACUAUAUUUUACUUUUAAGUGCUCACUUCAAAGUUGACCCAAUUAACUUAAAGUGGAUAAGUGCUAAUUAGUAAGUGGUAGUGAAAAACUUUUUAAAAAUGACAGUGAAAUUCCUUUCUCAGAUUGUGAAAUAAGUCUUAAGCCAUUUUCAGCAAGCAACACUGCAUAUUUUAACAAAGGAAUAGUAAAUAUUUUACAAGUGUUGAGUGUGUUUAUUCAGACUGAAUCUAAUGUGGAAACAGAUAGAAAAGACCAGCAACUAUAGAAGACCUGUAAGAAAUCAAAGUUAAAGUUGUAUACAGUAGACCGUGGCUAUAGUACUGUUCAUACAGUUGGGUCAGCAUGGCUAGCAAUAGCAUUAUACUAUUAUUUAUAGUGAAAGCCGUGUAUAUAAUAUAAAAGGGAUCACAAUCUAAUGGUGAGACCCUAGUAUAUAAUUAUGUUGUAUUUUUAGGGCAGAAAUGACAAAACUAUGAAAUUGUUCAGGGAAUCCAAUAAUAACUUACAUGCUUGAAAUAAAUGUAUAAAAUAUUUGAUAUAAUUAAUAUAUGAUGUAGUCUCAUUUAAAAUAUCUUACUAAUCAUACACAUUAAUUACAUUUAUAAAUUAUAAUCACAAGUCUUAACUAAAAGUAAAAUUACAUAGACAUUCACACCCCUUCUUGUGAGGAAUAGGUGCAAUUAAAUUUCAUGUUUUAUACUACAGAUAUGGUAUCUCUUAUAUGAAAAACAAUUUUCUUGUAGAUUUGUCUCAAUAACUGACACAAUAAUAACUGUGUAAUUGCUGCUAUCAAGUCACACAAUAGCCACAUGACACGAUAAGACUUAGUAUCAAAUUUCAGUUAUUUAUAAACGCUGCAUACAUUUCACAUACUGCCGUGUAAAUAUUAGUUAACAAAAUUUCUGUGGAUCAUGUAAAAUAAAUUGUACCAAGAACUCAAGCAACCAGAUGUUAAGCUUAUUUAAAUUUAGCAUGACUAAAUAAUGAAAUUUAUUUCCGUGCCAUGAAUGGAACAAAUUUUGCCGUAUGAAAUAGAUAUACAUCGAAAAGAAUUUGUUUUAAACGUAAUCUUUACUGCUCUAAAAAUUUAUACUAAAUCAAGUUUUUUCAUUGAUGAAGGUGGUGUAAAAUUACACAGGAUUUAUGGUUCUAUGGUAUGUUUAAAAGUUCAUCGCUUAAAUAGCAUGGGUACACCCCCGUAAACUAACAAUAUAACAUGCAUUCAUCAUGUAAGAGAUAAUAACUUGUUUAUAUCCAAUCAAAAUAUCGUGUCUUAAAUAGUGUCAGAUCUCGUUUUAGAUCAACAUGCUUUCACACUGUAAACUGUAUUCGUAAUUUAUAAGAUGGUGAGUAAUCGGUUUUAUGUUUGGUCAAUUAUAAUUAUUUCUUAAAUAGAACAAGUGUCCCUUUUACAAAACAAAUUACUGAUUAUAAAUCAGAAUCCAUGCUUUUAAAUUAUAGGGCGAAACAGAGAGUUCAAAGAAUUAUUGGCAACAAAACAUCUAUAAAUAUGGACACCAAUCCCCAUGAAAACUAUUUUCUUUUAGUUUUAAAGUGAUAUGUAAUUAUAAUUGUUUGAGUAUUAGCGAUGUAAACUAAGUUAGAUGAUAAAAACCAGUGUUACUUUAAAUUCAUUUGAGAUUUUUAAAGAAAAUAUAUUCUUGGUUGUGAUUUACCACUCUUGGGUGUCUUAUUUAUCAAUGUAUAAAAUGAAUGAUGUUCUUACAAUCAAGGUAAGACACCCCAUUUAUGCAUCGUUAUGCUUUUUUCAUAUUUUUAAUAAUUUUGAAAUGGUCAAUGAAAGUCUUUAUGUAUAUAACAGUGAAGUUUAUUGGUGCUAGAGAAAAAUCAUGAGUUUUGCUAGAUUUAUCACAUGUUUUGUAAAAGAGGUACUCAUGGUAUUUAACUCUGAUAGUAUUGAAGUUAAAAUGAUUUUUGAUCAGGCAUAAAAAUAAUAUUACAUGUAUAAAUUGAAAAUGCAGUUUGUUGUGCGAAAGCAUGUAAAAUGUCUCUGUUACAUAUAAAAUGAUUUUUUUUAAAACCUAAAUAAAAAUAUAGCUACCAUCUUUUGGGUUAUUCCCCAUUUUCCAAAAACCUUUGGAAUGUUUAAUGGUCAGCUUAGGGCUUCACCUAGUCUAAAUCAAAAUCAGAUGACCCUAUAUCAAUAUUUACUUUUCCUUUAUGAAACCUCACCACUCACUCAGGUGAAAGAUAAUGUGUGUACCUGACAAUAAUUUAACAUAUCUUUGUUCUCAGACCAGCCAUUUUCUGUUUUCUUUUAAAUCAUUAAUUGUUUAAUCUACAUCUAUGAUUCUAACUGUGCAAUAUAAUUGCAUUUUAGGGGUUAUUUAUAGAAUAGUUUAACUUAAAGGAGCUUAAUCGCUAAUAUUUGGGACCUAGAAAUUGACACAAAUGGGUUGCAAUGUAUGUAAUAUAAAUAUAUAGAAACUGAUUUACAUUCAAUCUUUUCCGUUUUUACUCUAAUUUCAAAUCAGUUAUGUUUGGCAAAAUAUGCCAGAAGUCUCAAUCGAAUGGCAACCUCUAGCGGCUAGUUAUUCCAGUCAACACGAAUACUAUUUAUUAUGCAUGUUCUCCAGAGAAGAACAUGGCGUCACCGUUUGACAUGACUUGUGGAAUAUGUCUAGCCUCGUUCUUCGAAGGGGGGGGGGGCUGAAUGGUUAGCAUGUGUGCGCUGUAUCAUAAAGUCUGUCAUUGAGUCAACUGGCAUGGUUUACAUUCCCCAGUUGUACGUGACAAGGAUUAGGGUCGCCUGUCCAACCUGCUGGGUUUUCUCCGGGUCCUCCCAUUUUCCUCCCACUACUAAAGACCCCUACGCGCAAGCAAAUUAUGAAAAUAAAAUUGAACCAUGUGUUAGUCCCAAAAUGACCUAGUUUGUGUCGAGUGGACGUUAGACCCCAUCUCUUGGAGUCCCUUGUUACAAAUGGCGGUGAAACGCAUUAUGGUACACGGUUCGUGUAACAAUGGUAAAAUGCUUAUUUUGUCUUAAAUAUUUGAUAUUAGAAGCCCAUCUUUUACCGGUAAAAUCACAACAUCAAUGUUGAUUUAAAUUGACAAAUAAUUCGUGUUUUCAAUGUCUAAGACUUUGGAUGAUAUUGAGUUAGAGACUUAGCUACUUUAAUUAUUGCACAGCUUAAAUAAGUUAUUUGUACUAUACUUUUUACGUCAACACAUUUAAUCAUGGUGAUCUGACGUUUAAUUAUUACAACCGCAUUAACUCAAAAGAUAAAAAUACUUAUCUACUAAAAGUCUUAAAAUUUUAUGAUAUUUCAUGUUUUAUUUUCAAGAUAUUCAAGUUUGUUUACACCAUCUUUGUUGACAUUUAUUUUCAACCAAUCACUGCCAUUGACCCAUUGAAAUAUAUUGAUUGUAGAUAUAUAUAUGUAUAUAAACAAAUAUAUACGUUUUUCUGGUAGAGUUUUAUUAACGUUUUAUUGUUUAAUUUAGAAAUGUUUUAAAAAAGCCUACAGAUUUAUUUAUGCUAAAUUUUAUACUCUUGAAUGUUUUUUGUUUACAUGUAGCUGAUUUGAAAUGUUGAUUUCUAUACACAAUAAUUAAACAGAACAGAUAAUUGUUAUAGAUACUAUUGGGGUUUUGCAUUCUUUUCUGUUCAUUGUGUUUGACAGAAAUGGAUGUAAAUUUUGAAUGUUUACUGUUUGGAGUGAUGGUAGUUGUGUUGAUCCCCACAAUAAUCAGAUAUGAUUAAAAGUGAAAGCAAAGUGUUAGUGUAUCAUUUUAAACUAUUACCUCUUCAUCAUGCUCAUUUUAGAUAACAUAAAUCGUAUGGUAAAAGUAAAGUGUACAUUUAACAACUGCUCAAUAAGACAUACAUAUUAUGUUGAGCAAACAGUGUACAAUCAUGGAUAGAGCACAGACAAAGUAAUAUGACAAUUGAAUCUGUGUUGCUCAGUGUAAUCAAUCUAUGUGUGCUCAAACUAAUAAUUCAAUAAUGUAGCAAAAUAGAGGCAAUAAUAAUUUUUCUGGCUUUAAUGAAUAGUUACAAGCCCCUGUGAAUAUGAUAAGGAUAUUUUGUUGACAGUAUUAUCAAAUGAUUUGCAAAUAAGUUUCUAUUCAAUCUAAGCCUUGUUGAUCUUUUAAUAAGGUUUUAAAAUUAACAAUAUCAGGCAUUAUUUUAUACACCAGGAAGUUCGUGUCAUGAGUAACAAGCUUCAAAUGUUUAUCGCUUUUUCAAUGUUAUUCUUCCUGAUAUAAGCAAUAUUGUAAAACAAUAUAUUUUGACUGUCUUUGUUUUAUUAAUGAUUUUUUUUUAUAAAAUAAAUCAUAUAUAUAUGAUUAGAAAUAAAACUGGAAAAGACUUGAAGCAAUAAAUAAAAAUAUAGUUUAGUAAAAUAAUUAAGAAAUUUUAAAAUAUCAUCUGACUGGUACUGAAAUUGACCAGCUGUCUGUAAUGUAUAUGUCAUAUAUUUAGGUAUAUGUAAUUCAAUGAAUUUAACCUUAAAACACUGAAUAUAGUUAAAUUUAUAAUAUGGUUAAUAGAUUUAGGAAAAUUGUUCUAUUCUUUGAAAAAAAAAAAAGAAGAAAAGGCUGGCUAAUUUAAAGAAUUAAACUAACUGGCAAAAGUUUGAAAUGUUAGCCUUGUUACAGUGUCUACUUCUUCAUUCUGAUAAACAACAAACCAUAAGUUGUUAGUUGUGUUUUACGUCCGCUUCCACCGAGGUGAUAUCGCAGACAAGCAAACCAUAAGCUAGCUGUCUGCCUUAAAUAGAUGUAAUCCGGGAAUGACAUCAAAUCGUUUUUUCCAAACGAUAAGUCACAUGACAGGGCACAAACAGUGGCACCAUUAUGUUUGUUCAAAGGUAGAUAGACUAUUUUUAAAGCAUCAGCAGAAUCUAAAAACAAGUUUAAAAUGCAAAUAAAUACUGUGUCUGAUCUCACAGGGGCCUAGUCGGCAAUAGCGUAGCCUACUUAUAAUUGGAGAUUGCCUUUAAAGUAGCAAUAUCAUUAUUGUAUAAAAAGCAAACAAGGUCCAGUCUUUAGGUUAGUACAUUAUCUACAAACUUACUGAAUCUUAUAAAUCUCCACAUCUUUCAAAAACAACAAUUGAUGUUCAAAUUUCUCCAAUUGAUUGGCAACCAAAAUAACAUCUGAUUACACAAAGUGACUAUCUUGAGAAUUGGAAUUAACCAAGAAUAUUACAAGUACUGCAGCUGAAAUGGUUACAUUUUUAAUUAAUAUGCAUGUUCAACUUUCAGUAUGAUAAAAGACUGAUUGAUGACAAUUUCAUUUAAAGUCUCCUUUGUGGUUUUAAUAAUGAAGAGACUUGAAAAGAUAUAAACAUUGGUUAGUUUGUUAUUUCCUUGUUGUUUUUUUUUGUUGGUUUGUGAUCUUUUAAAGUUGUUUUCUCUAUGGAUUGUUGUUGAAGGUUUUUUUUUUUUCAAUCUGUUUCCUGUUUCAACAGUGCUGGAAAGUACAUGUAUGUUAAAAAUAACGAGGACCAGGGGCACAUUAUUAAUUAUAUGCAAUGUUCUUUCACUUAAAGCUUAUAGAACGUAACUAGGUAUCAAUAUUGUAGUGCUUUAUAACAACAAGGUACCAAUCUUGUAGAUCUUAACUAGGUACCAAUCUUGUAGAGAUUAACUUAGCACCAAUCAGAUCAAUUCUGACCCAAUACAAUACUUUAUUUUUAAAUUGUUUAGUUAGUGUUUAAUAUGUGUUAUAGCCUAUAUUCAACCAUUUUAAUAGUCUUGAUCGCUCCAGCCUUAUAUGUUUCCACUGACUACAGCAAACUUUCAUGUGGAAAAUAAUGUUUUAGUCAAAUAGAAAAACUUGAUGACCUUUGACACUGUAUGCAAAAUUAGUGCUAUUUUGUUCUUACUAUACUAUUCAAAAAAAGUAGGGGAUAUUUGAUUUUUAAGUGUUAUUAAAGUCACCUAAUGAAACUGACGAAGAAACAAAUGACAAAAUGAAAUGAAGUUCACAUUCAUCGAUUUAUUCCAAAUGAUCGUUAGACUAAGUAAGGCACAGACUGACCAUUAUAAGGGUAAAAUGAUACCCGGGGUCAAACAGCAAAGUUACCACAGCAUUACAACCAAGUCAGUAACGGGUAAAUCCUCCUCUGUUUGCCAAACAAGCAUUGAUCCGACGUGGCAUACUCCUAAUGAGACGUCUAAGGUCAUUUUGGUCCAGAUUGUCCCAUUCCUGUUGCAAUGCAGCAGCAAGUUCUUGGACAUUGGCAGGACGUUGUUGACGUUGACGUAACCUCUGUCCAAGCAUGUCCCAGACAUGCUCGAUGGGGGAGAGUCGGGACUCAGUGCUGGCCAAGGUAAUGUGGUGAUGUUCUGUUGUUGGAGGUAACCUGUAACGAUCCUGGCCCUGUGACAUCUUGCGUUGUCAUCCUGAAAGAUGAAACGGCGGCCAUGACGUCGUGCGAACGGCACAACAUGGACUGCCAAGAUGUUGUCCCGGUAGUACUGGCCUGUAACACGCCCUGCAACAACAUGUAAAGCCAUUCUUCCAGCAACAGUGAUGCCUCCCCACACCAUAACAGAACCACCCCCAAAUCGAUCAUGUCUGAUGAAGUUAACGUCUUGGAAGCGCUCGUUUCGACGACGCCACACCCUCCUACGUCUGUCCAAAAAAUCAACAGUGAACCUUGACUCAUCUGAAAACAUCACAUUGCUCCAGCGUCGAUUAUCCCUGUGUUGACGAUCCCUACACCAACGACGUCUUGCCUGAAUGUGAUGAUCUCUCAAACAAGGGAUCACGCGAGGACGUCGGGCGCGAAGGUGACCCCUAUGCAGUCGAUUCCGAAACGUCUGGCCACUCACUCUCACACCAGUGUCUGUUUGAAGACGAGCGCUGGUCUGAUUUGCUGUGCUGACACGAUUUCUCAAGGCCAAGGUGUGGAUAAAUCGAUCCUGGGCUUGAGUUGUCGCCCUUGGUCGACCUGAGCGUGGUCUGUCCUGUACAGAUUGUGUAUCACGGUAUCUGGACCAUAGCCUGCUUAUGACAGACUGAGAAACAUUCAUCGUCCGCGCCACAACCGCCUGUGUUGUGCCGAUCUGUAGCAUGCCAAGGGCACGUAACCUUUCAUUUUGGGUAAGCCGACGCAUAUCAAAAUUUGUUUUCUGUUCACUAAAACAAUUAAACUGAUGUUUCCACCCUGGAAUUCAAUGCCACAAUGACUGUAACAUUCAAAGUCAGAGUCGUGCAAAUUUUGGGUUGGACCCCCAUGAUGAUCCCAAGCAUCACCUGCAUUCCAUGCGGUAGCUAUUGGUGCGUUUGGGCGUCACAUGUAACUGGAAAUGUUUCUUCUGUUAGGUUCUAUAGUGACUUUUUUCGUAGUCAUUUGCAUAUUUUAGUAUUAUGCCCCCAAAAUCAAAUAUCCCCUACUUUUUUUGAAUAGUAUAAUAUUUGUUGUUUGUAGUAGAUUAGGAGACAAUUUUGGCUGGAGUCAUCAGAAUACAAUUUUAAUAUAUUCAUUACAUGCCAUUACAUUGUAAAUAUUAUGUUUAUCAUUUACCCAUUUAACAUGCCUUUUCUCCUCUUCAACUAACUUCUCACAAUUUUGGGCAACUUCCAAAUUAAUUUAUGUCUUUUGUGCUAAGAAAGAUAUUUGUGAAGAGUUUACUGUUGGAAAAAAAGUUCCAGGCAAUAUUUUAUUAUAACUUCAAAUAUGUUUACAAAUGUCUUUUUUGGAGCCCAAGUGAUUUUUUGUUUGACUAUAUUACUUUGUCAUCCAGUACCAGUAGUUUGCAUUUUUAUGGUUGUCUAAUAUAGUUGAAUAAAAAAUUGAUGAACAUGUAUAUGCUACGCUAUGUAAAAUAUGUACUGUAAACAUAGUGAUACAGAAGAUUUGUUUAUUAUCUUCUCUUGUUGCCAUGGUUAUCUACUCCACAUAACUAAUUAAAUGUAUAGAUUGUCAAAUAAAGUCUCUAUUGAGAUCAAUAAAAA